AACUAGUAAACAAUAUAGACACAAUAACAUAUAUACUACUUUUAGUAAAUUCUCAUAAAAGAAAGAUGAUGAAGGUGUUUUUUUGUGUUGUUGUUGUUCUAGCCAUGGCUCAUAUGAUGGUUGAACCAAGCCAAGCAGCCUUUACCUGUACCGAUGUUGACCGGUGCCUUGUGCAAUGCAUGCCGUACUUGGUCGGCACUGCAACUGUGCCUGCUCCAGCAUGUUGUGAUGGAGUUAAGCAAAUCAAAGGGAUGGCAGUUACCAUCGAAGACAAACGCCAAGCGUGCGGCUGUGUUAAAGAUGCGGCUAAUAAGUACCAGAACAUAAAAGAAGAUGCAGCCAGUGGACUCCCUACCAAGUGUGGUGUUCCUUUCUCUUACCCUAUCUCCAAAAACAUUGACUGCAGCACGAUUAACUAAAGUUGGGGACGCGUUGCUGGAAAAUAAAAGGAGAAGAUCCCUGCAACUCUCUUAGAUAAAUGCUUGAUUAGCCAGUUUUAUUUAAGUAUGGUUUUAUGUGGAAUUGCUUGUUAAUGGAGUUAUGGUUCACUCGAACCAUCUCUCAUAGUAAAAUAUAUUAUAAUAUCAGUAUAAAUAAAGUUCUAUUAAGUCUACAUUGUAGACACUGAUUUA